GAAGUUUUUAAAGAAAUAUUGUAGGCAUUGAACGCUGCCAGAGAUAAUGUCGAUUCGCUCUGCUCGACGAUAAACCCUUAACACGAAAUAUAAAAUCCGAAAAAAAGGAAAAUUAAAUUGCCUAAUCCAAUUAUUAAUAUAGUCUAUUAAAUAUGUUAACAGAAUAUUCGGGGAAUUUAUCGCAUCCGCUGGAAUUCGGCCAUGUGCUGGAAAUCGUGGCCAAAACAAUCGAUGGAGCAGCCAGAUUCCAUAUCAAUCUCUGCACGGCCAAGUCUUCGGUGAAUCCCGAUGCGGACAUUGGGCUGCGGUUCUCCUGCUAUUUUCGCAAUGAUAUGAUCGUGCGCAAUUCCCGCAUGCACGGCGUCUGGGGCGAGGAGGAGUCCCAUGUCGAGGACAAUAUCAAUCUGCCCAAUCCGAUUGUCAGCGGGGAGUUCUUUAUGGUCUAUAUUCUGGCCGCCGACGAGUGCUUUCACAUUUCGAUCAAUAGCCGCGAGUUCUGCACAUUUCGAUAUCGUUUGCCUCUGAGCUCGAUUCGUGCGGUCGAGAUACGCGAUCAAAUACAGGUGAUCAAACAGGUAGAUCAUCGCACCGUCUUCCCCAAUCCCUGGCCGGCCAUACACGCCUCGGACUACUUCAAGGCCUUCAGCAACGACCAGCCGAUACUCUUUAGCCCCGGCCAUGUCAUUGUCAUCACAGCGCGCUGCUUCGCGAAUAAACGUGGCCAAUUCAUCAUCAAGUUUACGGACUCCGACACGAAGCGAGAGGAACUGCACUUUAGCGUGCGAUUCGACGAGAAGGCUGUGAUUCGCAACACCAUGAACAAGAAUUUUGAGUUUGGCAUCGAGGAGCGCCAUGGGGGCUUUCCCUUCGUCUUCAAUCAGCAGUUUAAAUUGGCCUUGGCUUUCACGGAACGCGAGGUAUUGACCGCCGUGGAUGGAUUCAAUUUCUUUAGCUACGCCUGGCGCACACCGAAUGCCAUGAUGAACCUCGUGGGCUUCAAGGUGACUGCAAUCAAUGGCUUGGUCAUUCAAAUUACAGGCGUCGAUCACGUACAAACGGGCGACACGACGUGCGCAGGAUUUGAGAAAUACUCGAGACAUGAUUACGAGUGCGCUUAGUAUAUUUUAAGAUUUGCUUAAAGUAAAAGUAGACUCUGCUACUAUUUACUAAAUAAAAUAAUUUUUU